GACGCGGGCGGGAGGCGGGUGCGAGGCGGCUCCUCCUCGUCGCGAACUCUCGGUGACCUUGGCCAAGUCGCUUCAUCUUCCCUCGAGCCGGCGCCUCCGUCUAUACAGUGACUAGCAUGCAGAUACCCAUUCUCUGACUUGCUGGCCCUCUACUGACAUGGCCCACCGGGGUGGGGAGAGGGACUUCCAGACUUCAGCGCGGCGUAUGGGCACCUCGCUGCUCUUUCAGCUUUCAGUGCACGAGCGGGAGCUGGACCUGGUUUUUCUGGAUCAUAGCUAUGCCAAGCCAUGGAGUGCCCACCCCGAUGCCAGUAGUGCUCGCCCCACGCGCAUGCUCUUUGUUACUCCCCGGAGGCAGCAUGAAAGUACCAUUGAAUCAGACGUCCCAAUAGAUGUGGAGACAGUCACAUCAACUCCUGUGCCGCUCUAUGACAAUCAGAAGGCACGCAGCGUGAUGAAUGAGUGUGAACGGCAUGUCAUCUUCGCUAGGACCGAUGCAGAUGCCCCUCCUCCACCAGAGGACUGGGAGGAGCAUGUCAACAGGACUGGCUGGACAAUGGCCCAGAACAAGCUAUUUAACAAGAUCCUCAAAGCCCUGCAGUCUGACCGGCUUGCCCGCUUGGCCAAUGAAGGGGCUUGCAAUGAGCCAGUGCUGCGCCGUGUUGCUGUGGACAAGUGUGCGAGGAGAGUGCGGCAGGCUCUGGCAAGUGUGAGCUGGGACACCAAGCUGAUCCAGUGGCUGCACACCACCCUGGUGGAGACCUUGAGUCUGCCCAUGCUGGCCGCCUACCUGGAUGCUUUGCAGACACUGAAAGGGAAGGUAAGGCUAUGACUGGUGUCUGCCCUGUCCUGGGUUGGCCAGCCUCUGCUGUGGGUUCAGGAAGUGGGGUUGGGCAAGGUCACUGCCUGGUCAGCCUGGAGGACAUGACUGAAGCGAGCAGGUUUGCUAUUAAAAAUAGGAGACAUGGUAUCAUUUCACGUUUUGUCUGGUAUAAACGUCUUUAGCCCUACUGUCUCCAGAUGAAGUGUGAGGCCUGAAAACCAUUUAGCCUAUCCAGCCCUGCAG